ACUGGCCCAAGUCAUUAAACAACUUGGCUUUUCUCUAAUAAAGCCCCUCCCUCUCCGAUUAACCUCUAAAAUAAAACCGGAGGGAGAAAAACCAAAAAAAAAAAAAAAAAAAUCAAAAAUACACAAAACAAAAACACUAGAUUUUUUUUUAUAAAAAAAUGAUUGGAAAGGUAGUUGUCUCGGUGGCCUCCAUCCUCUUGGUGGUGGGAGUAGUCAUAGGAGUGGUUGCAUUCGUUAACAAAAACGGGGACAGUAAUCUGUCUCCGCAGAUGAAAGCGGUCCAAGGAAUUUGCCAGGCUACUUCCGACAAAGCGUCAUGUGUCAAAACUCUCGAGCCGGUCAAGAGCGAUGAUCCAAACAAGCUGAUCAAGGCCUUCAUGCUCGCUACCCAAGAUGCUAUAGCCCAAUCGUCAAACUUCACGGGUAAAACCGAAGGAAACAUGGGUUCUAGCAUCUCCCCCAACAACAAAGCCGUUCUUGAUUACUGCAAGAGAGUUUUCAUGUACGCGCUUGAGGACCUCGGUACCAUCGUUGAGGAAAUGGGUGAGGAUCUUAACCAGCUUGGGAGCAAGAUCGACCAGCUUAAACAAUGGUUAACCGGUGUCUACAACUACCAAACCGAUUGUCUUGACGAUAUCGAAGAAGACGAUUUAAGAAAGACGAUUGCAGAAGGCAUUGCAAGCUCCAAGAUUCUCACCAGCAACGCUAUCGACAUCUUCCACACCGUCGUCAGCGCGAUGGCCAAGAUUAACGGCAAGGUCGAAGACUUCAAGAACAUGACAAGCGGAAUCUUCGCUCCUUCCGACAAGGGAGCAGCUAAAGGAGCAGUUCCUGCCGUUGAUGAAUCUCCCGUGGCCGACCCAGAUGGUCCUGCUCGUCGUCUUCUUGAAGACAUUGACGAGACCGGUGUCCCAACAUGGGUUUCUGGUGCUGACAGGAAGCUGAUGGCUAAUGUUGGACGUGGCGGAGGCGGCGGCGGCGGUGCUAGAAUCAGAGCAACCUUUGUUGUUGCCAAGGACGGAAGCGGACAGUUUAAGUCCGUCCAAGCAGCCGUUAACGCUUGCCCCGAGAAAAACCCAGGGCGAUGCAUCAUCCACAUCAAGGCUGGUCUCUACAGAGAGCAAGUUAUUAUCCCGAAGAAGAAGAACAACAUCUUCAUGUUCGGAGACGGUGCAAGAAAGACCGUUAUUACUUACAACAGAAGUGUUAAACUCAGCCCUGGAACCACCACUUCUCUCAGUGGAACAGUCCAGGUUGAAUCUGAAGGAUUCAUGGCUAAAUGGAUCGGAUUCAAGAACACAGCCGGGCCAAUGGGACACCAAGCCGUGGCAAUCCGAGUCAACGGAGACCGUGCCGUGAUCUUCAACUGCAGAUUCGACGGUUACCAAGACACUCUAUACGUCAACAACGGUCGCCAAUUCUACAGGAACUGCGUCGUCUCAGGAACAGUCGAUUUCAUCUUCGGCAAAUCCGCGACAGUUAUCCAAAACUCACUCAUCGUCGUCCGUAAAGGAAACAAGGGACAAUUCAACACCAUCACAGCCGACGGAAACGAAAAGGGCUUAGCCAUGAAAAUCGGUAUCGUCCUCCAGAACUGCCGCAUCGUUCCCGACAAGAAGCUAGCCGCGGAGAGGCUAACCGUUGAGUCAUACUUGGGAAGGCCGUGGAAGCAAUACGCGACCACCGUGAUCAUCAACACCGAGAUCGGAGAUGUGAUCAGACCAGAAGGCUGGAGGAUUUGGGAUGGGGAGAGUUUCCACAAGACAUGUAGGUACAUUGAGUACAACAACCGUGGACCAGGAGCCAUCACUAACAGGAGGGCUAACUGGGUUAAGAUCGCUAGGUCUGCCGCUGAUGUUAACGCCUUCACCGUGGCUAACUGGUUAGGUCCGGUUAACUGGAUCCAAGAAGCUAACGUGCCUGUCACGCUUGGAUUAUAAAACGUUUACAUAAAAUAAAAUAAAAAGACUAUAGUACGUGUUCAUGUAAAAGGUGAAAACAUACAACGUUCGUUUUCGGUAGGAUGGUAAUAUGCGCGGGGGAUGAAGUUGUAAGAUUUGCUUUUUGUUUGUCUCACGUAUGAAAGAUGAGGAAAAAAAAAUUAAAAAUUUAUUGUUGUUUGAUUUUUGUUAUUAUUAUAUAUUUCGAAUUGUGUUGUACCAUCUACGUCUAAUAAUUUUUCAUAUAUGUAAGUUUCUGAUUAUUAAAGUUUUUUUUUUUUCUGUAACUUUUCUAAUUUCUUUUUAUAAAGUUAGAGGACCCAUAUAUAUAUAUAUAUUGCUAGCCCAAUAAGAGGGAGAGCCCAAACA